UGGGCUCCAGCCAUGGAGACGCAAUCUUUUCUUUGCUAUCUGGCAGUUUUAACAGUAACUGUAGUCAGCGGAUGUCCAAUAGGCCGUGAAUUCAUCACUGCUUUCAUGACAAAUUACCAAUAUGGAAAAGCCAGUCUGACUCUCUCCAUAACAGCACAUAAUUCCCCUGCCACUGUGAAAAUUGAGAUAAAGGCACUGAGCUACAGUGAAAAAGUGAGCGUUGGACAAGGUGAGACCAAAUGGAUUGUCCUCCCACAAAACACUGAGAUUGAAGGUGACGGAGCCUUCCGCAAAACUGUCUACAUCUCUUCUACUGCCGAUAUCUCAGUCGUUUCAUCCAACUUAAAGGAAUUCACCGGAGACAGCAGUGUGAUCUUCCCAAUAAAUCAACUUGGCCAGCGUUAUGUAGUUUUUACUCCGAACACGGGUCCAAGUCCGUAUAAAAAGCUGGUAGCCAUAAUCAACGGCAAUUAUAUGAACACAGUCGAGAUUGUCUCCAAUUCAGGAAAUCCUUGGAAUGCCAUUUUUGGAAAAACCAAAACCAUCAAGUUGGCUCCCUACGAAGUUUAUCAACAUCGCAGUCUUGAAACUUUGACUGGAACACAAAUUAAAUCCACGUCUCCAGUGGCUGUCCUGGCAGGACACGAGUGCUCCAUGAUCAUAGGCAGCUGUGAGCAUGUCUUUGAGCAGCUGGUGCCAGUUGAGUCUCUCUCCAAUGAAUACUUGGUCCCUGCAAUGCAUCAGUCCUUCAGCAAGGACACAGCCUAUGUGGUUGCUCCAGAGGACAACACUAUUGUGUCAGUUUUCAGUGGGCAUAGUUGGCAUCACAAAAAAAACAAACUAAAUGCUGGAGACGUUUUAACGGUUGAUUUGAGCAAAAAUGCUAAGCUCAUUCAAAGUAGUAACAACGUAAUGGUAAUGUAUUUCAGUAGCAAUUUUCCCAAUGAUGAGUUUCUAACCAAUGUCAUACCCACCUCUGAGAUGUCAAAAUCAUGGACCAUUCAUGCUCAAGAUGGCUACGAUAACACUCUUGUUGUUGUUGCCGAAGCAGCAUCAGCCUCCACUAUCAGCGGUUCAUUGAAGUGGAAAACAUUCCCUGCUAAUGAAAAGUUUGUAUGGGCUACCAAGUCAAUUGGUACACAGAAAGGUCCCAUCACUGUAUCUGGUGAUUCGCUGAUGGCUGCUUAUGUUUUUGGUGGGAAAAUAAGGCACGGUUAUGCCACCACAGGAGUGUGUAACACAGCUUUUACGGCAACACCGGCUCCACCAGACCCCUGUGAGAUUGUUAAGUGCCGUGAGCAGGAGGAGUGCAGAAAGGGUGUCUGCGUCCCCACUUCCACUGCCACAUGUCAGGCAGUUGGCGAUCCCCAUUACAAAACAUUUGAUGGGAAACUAUUUGACUUUCAGGGAACUUGUACCUACAUCAUGGUAAACAAUACAAAGCCUCAAAAAGGCCUCACACCUUUUACCAUCUUGGCAAAGAAUAAUCACCGGGGAAGCACAAGGGUGGCAUAUGUAAGGACGGUUUCUGUCCUUGUGUACAAUCAUAAAGUGGUGGCUGGCAGCCAAAGAGGAGUAGUAGAGUUUGACGGUGAAAACACUUACCUGCCUUUAACUAUAGAUGGCGGCAAAAUAAAAGUCGAUCAGAGGGGAUGGAAUGUCAUUAUAUCGACGGAUUUUGGCUUAGAGGUGAAAUAUGACUGGAAUAUGAUGUUGUACAUUACAGCCCCAAGUAGCUAUUUCCAGACUGUAGGUGGUCUUUGUGGAAACUAUAAUGGUGACCGAAGAGAUGAAUUUAUUGAUCCCAAAGGCCAAGUGCUCUCCAAUGUCAUUGCGUUUGCUAAGACCUGGAAAGUUCCAGAUAAUGAUUUGUUUUGCAAUGAUGACUGCAAUGGACAAUGCCCAAGUUGCUCUUUAGGUCUUCAAGACGAGUACAAAAAAGACACAAACUGUGGUGUCAUGGCUAAAACGGAUGGGCCAUUUGCUAUUUGCCACGACACUGUGGAUCCCCAGAUGUAUGUAGAUAACUGUGUCUAUGAUGUCUGUAUUAAUAAUGGUAUGAGAAGCUUCCUCUGCAAUAACAUUCAAAGCUACGUCGAUGCUUGCAUGUCAGCUGGAAUCAAGAUUCCUGGAAAAUGGAGGACACUUUCCAACUGCCCACUGGAUUGUCCAGUCAACAUGUAUUAUGACGCCUGCGGCACAGCCUGUGCUGCCUCUUGUGCUGAUCGAGAUGCACCAAGCAAAUGCACGCUGCCAUGUGUGGAGGGCUGCCAAUGCAACGCAGGUUUUGUCCGCAGUGGAGAUGAAUGCAUACCUUUGAAAAAGUGUGGCUGCACAUACAACGGCCGAUAUUAUCUACCCGAGCAGACAUUUUGGGGGGACCAAAAAUGCACAGAGAAAUGUGUGUGCAACUCUCAAACUGGAAAAGUUGAUUGUACAGUGACAAAAUGUAAGAAAUCCCAAGUGUGUGAAACCCGGAAUGGAGUGAGAGAUUGUUAUCCAACGUCCUAUAGUACCUGUCAGGGUGCAGGGGAUCCACACUACCGCACAUUUGAUGGCAAAACCUUUGACUUCCAAGGAACCUGCACUUAUUAUUUGUCCAAACUACUCAAUACAGCUGAGCCAUCACUGAUCCCCUUUGAGGUACUGGUCAAGAAUGAGAACAGAGGAAGGAACAUGGCAGUUGCUUAUACCAAGACUGUAUCAUUAACAGUCUAUGGAUACACAAUUGUCAUGAGUAAAGAUGAUCCAGGCAAAGUGAAGGUCAACGAUCUGUUUGUGAAUUUGCCAUUUGAACAAGAGGAAGGUCGAUUCUCCAUAUUCCGCAGCGGGUACUUUGGUGUGAUAAAAACUGACUUUGAUCUGACUUUGAAAUUCAACUGGGAAAGCCAUGUAGUGCUGACUCUCCCCAGCACUUACUCCGGUGAAGUGGGAGGGCUUUGCGGCAACUGGAACAACAACAAUAAUGAUGAUUUGCUGACUCCUGACAAAACUCCUGCUUCAACCCCAACAAUUUUCGGAACCAGCUGGAAAGUCAAAGAUGACCCUGGAUGCUCAGAUGGAUGUCAAGGCAAAGCAUGUCCUAAAUGUGAUGCCACAGAGAGAAACCAAGUCACUUUUACAAAGCCUUGCAGCAAGAUCACAGACAAACUGGGACCAUUUAAAGGUUGCCAUGUUAAAGUGAAUCCAAAUCAGUUUUAUGAAGAUUGUGUGUAUGAUAUGUGUAUGUAUGGUGGCCAUUCAUCAGCCCUCUGCAGUGCUCUUACUGCAUACACAGCUGCUUGCCAAGAGGCACUUGGCCAGGUGGAAGCCUGGAGAACUGACAGUUUCUGCCCUGCAUCCUGUAUGGAAAACAGCUACUAUGAGGUUUGCGCAACAGGAUGUUCCCAGACCUGCCAUGGCCUCACUGAGCCCAAGGCCUGUGAGGGCACUCCUUGCAUUGAAGGCUGUAUAUGUGAUGAAGGCUUUGUCCUGAGCAAUGGUGAGUGUGUGGCUAUGGAACGAUGUGGCUGUUCUUACAAGGGCCGUUACUACCAGCUGGGCCAGGAGUUCUUCCCUCAAGACAAGUGCAAGCAGAGAUGUGUGUGCAAAGAGAACGGAAGAGUUCAGUGUGAUGAUGGAUUCAACUGCAAACCAAACGAGAAGUGCCAGGUCCUGAAUGGGGUUCAGGGCUGUUUCCCUGAUGGCAAAGCAGUUUGCUCAGUGUCAGGCUUUGGGCUUUAUCAGUCAUUUGAUGGGAAAUCCUUUACUGUUGAAGGAGACUGUGAGUAUAGAUUGGCAGAGACAGCUCAAGGCAAGGAUGAGGACAUGAGCUUUUUUAGUGUGUUAGUGAAACAGCUGUCCUCCUCUGAGACUGUCUUCACUCGAAGAGUUGAAAUACAAAUAGAACAAUCCACGAUCACUUUGCUGCCUGGCCACAUCUGGGAGGUUCAGGUGGACAAUGUUAAAACCUAUCUCCCCACGACUGUAGAUGAAGGACUGGCACAAGUCUAUCAGAGCGGUAUUAACAUUGUUGUGGAAACAAACUUUGGAUUGAAACUGACAUAUGAUACUAUUUCCAUGGCCAAAAUCGAGAUCCCAUCCACUUUUAAAAAUGCAGUCAAAGGUCUCUGCGGUAACUACAAUGGAAACAAUGCAGAUGAUUUUCUUUUGCCCGGUGGUAUUCAGGCAGCUUCCGUGGUAGAUUUUGCUGAGGCCUGGGUUUCACCAUCAGACAAAAUGAUGUGCCAAACAAGCUGUGGCUCCAAGUGUUUAAAUCCUGAUAAAGACAAACAGAAAGAGGCAGAGACAGCUUGCAGUAUACUAAUCUCAGAGAAGGGGCCAUUUUCUGGUUGUUACGAAAAAAUUCCACCUCAGACAUUCUUUGAUGAAUGUGUGAAAGAUGUGGCAGCCCAACCAAAUGACAAGACGGUUCACUGUCGCCACAUACAAAGGUAUGUUGCCAGCUGUCAAGAGAUUGGGACGUCAGUCAACAUCUGGAGGAAUAAAACCUUCUGUCCACUCACAUGUUUCAAAAAUAGUCACUAUGAGCUCUGUGCUGACACCUGUUCCACGACCUGUGCAAGCCUGACAAAGUCACAGAAAUGCCCAUUGUGUCAGGAAGGAUGUCAGUGUGAUGAUGGCUUUUUGUUUGAUGGAGGUGAAUGUAGGACUUUGGAUAGCUGUGGUUGUCAUGUAGAUGGGACGUUUUACAAGUCUGGUCAGACAGUAAUUCGAGGAGAGUGUGAUGAGAAAUGCACCUGCAAAGCUGGAGUGUUCUCCUGUGAACCCUUGGAAUGUGUUGAAGAUGAGAUUUGUGGCAAAAAAGAUGGUGCCAUUGGAUGCUACAACAAAGACACAUACUGUCCAGUCAACAUGUAUUAUGACGCCUGCGGCACAGCCUGUGCCGCCUCUUGUGCUGAUCGAGAUGCACCAAGCAAGUGCACGCUGCCAUGUGUGGAGGGCUGCCUCUGCAAUGCAGGUUUUGUCCGUAAAGGAGAUGAAUGCAUACCUGUGAAAAAGUGUGGCUGCACUUACAAAGGCCGAUAUUAUCUACCCGAGCAGACAUUUUGGGGUGAGAAACAAUGCACAGAGAAAUGCGUGUGCAACCCUCAAACUGGAAAUGUUGAAUGCACACCAACAAAGUGUAAGAAUUCUCUAGUGUGUGGCACACAGAAUGGAGUGAAAGACUGUUACCCAUUGUCCUAUAGUACCUGUCAGGGUGCAGGGGAUCCACACUACCGCACAUUUGAUGGUAAAACCUUUGAUUUCCAAGGAACCUGCACUUAUUAUUUGUCCAAACUACUCAAUACAGCUGAGCCAUCACUGAUCCCCUUUGAGGUACUGGUCAAGAAUGAGAACAGAGGAAGGAACAUGGCAGUUUCUUUUACCAAGACUGUAUCAUUAACAGUCUAUGGAUACACAAUUGUCUUAAGUAAGGAAAGUCCACGCAAAGUAAAGGUCAACGAUCUGUAUGUGAAAUUGCCAUUUGAACUAGAAGAUGGUCGGCUCUCUAUAUUCUACAGUGGGUACUUUGGUGUGAUAAAAACUGACUUUGGUCUGACUUUGAAAUUCAACUGGGAAAGCCAUGUAGAGCUGAUUCUCCCCAGCACUUACUCCGGUGAAGUGGGAGGGCUUUGUGGCAACUGGAACGGCAAUGCCAAUGAUGAUUUGCUGAAUCCGAACAACACCCUUGUUUCAAACCCAACAAUUUUCGGAACCAGCUGGAAAGUCAAAGAUGACCCUGGAUGCUCAGAUGGAUGUCAGGGCAAAGCAUGUCCUAAAUGUGAUGCCACAGAGAGAAACCAAGUCACUUUUACAAAGCCUUGCAGCAAGAUCACAGACAAACAGGGACCAUUUAAAGGUUGCCAUGUUAAAGUGAAUCCAAAUCAGUUUUAUGAAGAUUGUGUGUAUGAUAUGUGUAUGUAUGGUGGCCAUUCAUCAGCCCUCUGCAGUGCUCUUACUGCAUACACAGCUGCUUGCCAAGAGGCACUUGGCCAGGUGGAAGCCUGGAGAACUGACAGUUUCUGCCCUACAACCUGCAAGGCAAACAGCCACUAUGAGGUUUGUGCAACAGGAUGCCCCCAGACCUGCCGUGGCCUCACUGAGCCCAAGAACUGUAAGGGCACUCCCUGUGUUGAAGGCUGCACAUGUGACAAAGGUUUUAUCCUGAGCGAUGGUGACUGUGUGGCUGCGCAGCAGUGUGGCUGUACUUACAAGGGCCUGUACUACCAGCUGGGCCAGGAGUUCUUCCCUCAAGACAAGUGCAAGCAGAGAUGUGUGUGCAAAGAGAACGGAAGAGUUCAGUGUGAUGAUGGAUUCAACUGCAAACCAAACGAGAAGUGCCAGGUCCUGAAUGGGGUUCAGGGCUGUUUCCCUGAUGGCAAAGCAGUUUGCUCAGUGUCAGGCUUUGGGCUUUAUCAGUCAUUUGAUGGGAAAUCGUUUACUGUUGAAGGAGACUGUGAGUAUAGAUUGGCAGAGACGGCUCAGAACAAAAAUAAGGAGAACUCUUUCAGUGUUUUAGUGAAACAGCUGUCCUCCUCUGAGACUGUCUUCACUCGAAGAGUUGAAAUACAAAUAGAACAAUCCACGAUAACUUUGCUGCCUGGCCACAUCUGGGAGGUUCAGGUGGACAAAGUUCAAACCAAUCUCCCAGCUACUCUAAAUGAAGGACUUGUACAAGUCUAUCAGAGCGGUGUUAAUAUUGUUGUGGAAACAAACUUUGGAUUGAAACUGACAUAUGAUACUAUUUCCAUGGCCAAAAUCGAGAUCCCAUCCACUUUUAAAAAUGCAGUCAAAGGUCUCUGUGGUAACUACAAUGGAAACAGUGCAGAUGAUUUUCUCCUGCCAGGCGGUAUUCAGACUUCUUCUGUGGAAUACUUUGCCGAGGCCUGGGUUUCACCAUCAGACAAAAUGAUGUGUAAAACAGGUUGUGCCUUCAAUUGUUUCAAUCCUGACAAAGACCAACAGAAAGAGGCAGAGACAGCUUGCAGUAUACUAAUCUCAGAGAAGGGGCCAUUUUCUGGUUGCUAUGAAAAAAUUCCACCUCAGACAUUCUUUGAUGAAUGUGUGAAAGAUGUGGCAGCCCAACCAAAUGACAAGACAGUUCACUGUCGCCACAUACAAAGGUAUGUUGCCAGCUGUCAAGAGAUUGGGACGUCAAUCAACAUCUGGAGGAAUAUCACCUUCUGUCCACUUGAGUGUUCAGGUAACAGUCAUUAUGAGCUUUGCGCUGACACCUGUUCCUCAACCUGCGCCAGCCUGACUAACUCACAGAGAUGUCCACCAUGUCAGGAGGGAUGUCAGUGUGAUGAUGGCUUCUUGUUUGAUGGAGGUGAAUGUAAGACUUUGCAGGAUUGUGGUUGUCAAGUAGAUGGAAAGUUUUACAAGUCUGGUGAGGCAAUCAUUCGGGAUGAGUGUACAGAAACAUGCCUCUGCAAAGCUGGAGUGUUCUCCUGUGAACCUUUGAAAUGUAGCACCGAUCAGAUCUGUGACAAAAAAGAAGGAGUCACUGGGUGUUACAAGAAAGAUCCUUGCAGUAACCAUGAGUGCCGUGAAAAAGAGUACUGCACUGUAAAGGACAACAAGGCACUGUGCAUUGCAAAAUCAAAGGCCUCUUGCAUUGCCAAGGGAGACCCUCAUUACAGAACCUUUGAUGGCAACCACUUCUCCUUCCAGGGUACUUGCACCUAUACUUUAGUUAAAACUUCAGGCAAAGACCAAACACUGACACCGUUCAACAUCGUCAACAAGAACGAUAUGCUCAAAGGCACACGUGGUUCUUACGUCAAGUCAGCCACCAUUACAGUCAGAGGACAUGAAAUCACAUUCAUCCAAGGCAACCGCAAUCGUGUGACAAUUGAUGGCACAGUUUCAAACCUUCCUGUGAGUUUAAAUUCUGAAGGGAUCAGCAUCACCCUCUCUGGCAGUAUAGGGGUUUUGCAGACAGAUUUUGGCUUGGAGGUCAAGUUUAACUGGGCAGAUACCCUUAUGGUGACAUUGUCCAGUAGCUACUACAAUAACAUAGUCGGGAUGUGUGGAACCUACAAUAAUGAUGUGGAGGAUGAUUAUGUCACACCGAGUGGUAAUAGCAUGACAGACAUCACAGAAUGGGCAAAGUCUUGGAGUGUCCCUGAAAGCAACGGCAACUGCUGGCACUUUCCCCCUUGCUCAGAUGAAAAUAAGUUGCUAUAUAGCGGACUAAGCUACUGUGGCAUGUUAGAGAAUGAAACAGGCCCGUUUGCCCAGUGCCAUGACAUAAUAUCAAAGAGGCGAUUUGCUGCUGACUGCCUUUUCCAGAUGUGUCUCAAUGAUGGAAGUCAGAAUGCUUUCUGCAAUGCCUUCAAUAAUUAUGUGUCCGCUUGUGCGCUGAUAAAGGCUGACGUGUCUCCAGAGUGGAAGCAGCUUGCUAACUGCUGAUGAAGAUUUUUUUCCACCAUGUUUCGUUAUCCCUAAAAGAAGUGAAAUUAAAAUUAUUAAAUAAUUAACUUGUGCAUUUCACAAUAUAUUGACAUAUAACAAUGUCUCAGUUUCUGUCAUUACUUAAUAUCAUAUUACUUAAUUUGUGCGUUGGUGUUUUAAAUGGAUGUUUAAGCAAGUUUGUUUUCUUAAAUGACUACAUAUUCAUGGAUGUCAACUUGUGCUGUCCACAAAUCAGUCUAUAAUUAAUCUUGGGUUAAACUGUUCUGUAUUUUCCUUCAAAUGCCUCCAUACUUAUCAUGUUUUAAAUAUAUGUUAUUAUUAAACUUCUUAAAUUCUUGCAU